CAUUGAUAAGAAGAGGUAUUAAAGCUACCUUCGAAGGCGCCGAAUCUACAUAUUGCAUCCCACCCUAAAGCACCCCAGGCAGCAUUUUCCAGCGUCUGAAUUCCCUUCCAUCAUGGCACCCGCAUUCAAUCUCGUCUCUCCAGUCAACGACAAGCUUGACUGGGUCUUCCUCGUCGACGGAAAGGUGUACCAGAGCGAGGAGAAGCCCGCAGGUGUUGCGACGCCAAUCGUUACACAGGACAGUCCUGAGCAGAACAUCACGAUGGGCAAGUUCGAGAUGUCCUCGCAAGAUCUGGCUAUGAAGGCUCUUGAUGCAGCGGAGAAGACGUACAAUUUUGGACGAGGCGAGUGGUCUAGCAUGGCCACCGAGAAGCGAUGCGAACAUAUGGCAAAGUUUGCUGAGGCUCUUGAGGCGCGGGUAGAUGAGAUAGCCGAUCUGCUCAUUUGGGAAAUUGGCAAGACAGCGAAAGACGCGAAGGACGAAGUCGUCCGCACCGUAGCGUUCAUCCGCGCCACCAUCGACGAGGCCAAAGCGCUAGCCGACUCCGAGAGCAAGUGGCAGGAGAAGAAGGGCAUCUUGUGCCAGAUCCGACACCUGCCGUACGGAACCGUUCUCGCGUCAUCGCCAUUCAACUACCCGCUUACCGAGGCUUAUACUACAUCCAUUCCCGCUCUACUCAUGGGUAACUCAGUCAUCGUCCGUGCGCCACGAAAUGGAGCAACGCCUCACUUUCCGACACUGGGUCUCUUCGCCGAGCAUUUCCCAGCUGGGACCAUUCAGUUUCUCGCAGGGUCGGGCCGAGAGGUCAUGGGUGCUCUCAUCCAGACGGGCCACAUUGACGGCGUCGCAUUCAUCGGAACCGCCAGUAGUGCUGCCGGCCUUUUCAAAGGCGCACCGAAUCCUCAGAAGCUGCACAUCAUGUACAAGGGCGAAGCCAAGGACACCGCUAUCAUCCUCCCCGAUGCCGAUCUGGAAGUCGCCGUCAGCAGGUGCGCGUCCGGCAUGACAUCCUUCAACGGCCAGCGCUGCACCGCCAUCAAGAUGAUCUGGGUCCACGACUCGCUCGCCGAGAAUUUCACCAAGCAGCUGGCGGAGAGCAUCGACGCGCUGAAACUCGGCAUGCCUUGGGAAGGCGGCGUCAAGAUCACUCCGCUGUGCGAAGACACAAAGCCGUCUUACAUCAAGGAGCUCAUCGAGGACGCCGUCAGCAAGGGCGCGCACAUCGUCAACAACGGCGGGAAGUGCUACAAGUCGCUGUGCACGCACACCAUCGUCGGCCCCGUUACCGAGGACAUGAGGAUCUGGCACGAGGAGCAGUUCGGGCCGCCGACGCCCAGCGAGUAUGGCUUGCAGAGCGCUGUCUUCGGGUACGACGAGAAGCUGCUCGGGCAGGUGGUUGACGCGUUGUCGCCCAACGUUGGCAGGCUCAACAUCAAUGGGCCGGAUCAGCGCGGCCCCGAUGUGUUCCCGUUCACUGGGCGCGGGAACAGUGCGCUUGGUAUCCUCAACGCUCCGGAGGGCUUGAAGCACUUCUCUAUCCCGACUAUGAUUGCGACGAAGUCGGACGACGAGAGGAACGCGCAGACAACGAAGAAGUUGAAUGCGGGCAGUUCUUGUUCUGUAGUCUAUGGUGCGGAGUAAUAUGUGGCGAGGUGGCAGCGAGUCCUCGACCAACAUCGAUUAGAGGAUAUCCCUGGAAGGCGCAACGGUUGCGCGAG